AUCACGCGCAGUUGGGGGGCCAGUUGAUAACGAACUCCGCUUGCAGAAAGGUGUGCUCCAUCAGUGGCGAAAUUCGACAAAUUCCAAGUGCAGAGCUUUUAACUUUAAAAUCGGCAAUGUAUUCAACUACCAACGGAACACCGUGGGAAGCCGUUUACUCGGUUCGCGUAGUGGACUUCCGCUCGGACACCGUUAGCGUCCCAACGGCCAGCAUGCGUAAGGCCAUGUACGAAGCCGAGGUAGGUGACGACGUCUACGGUGAAGACCCCACGGUGAACGAACUAGAACGACGAGCGGCUGCGCUGUUCGGAAAGAAGGCAGCGCUGUUCGUGCCGAGUGGUACCAUGGGCAAUCUACUGGCCGUGAUGGUUCACUGCAACAGGCGAGGCGCCGAAGCGAUUGUCGGUGAUAUGGCCCAUGUGUUCCUCUACGAACAGGGUGGAUCGGCUCAACUUGCCGGGGUUUUGCUGAACAACAUCAAGAACAAGUCGGACGGAACGUUCUGUCUUGAUGAAUUGCAGAACAAGUUCCGUGGGUUCGAUGUCCAUGAGCCGAAUACCGAACUGGUGUUGAUCGAAAACACCCACAACAUGUGCGGUGGGAAAGUUCUGCCACUGCAGUGGAUGGAGGAUUUGUCUAAAAUCUGCAAGGAAAAGUCCAUUAAGCUACAUAUGGAUGGAGCACGCGUAUUCAAUGCGGCGGAGCACCUAAAGGUACCGGUUUCUCGUGUGGUGCGCGAUGUCGACUCCGUUUGCUUCUGUCUGAGCAAAAGUCUAGCCUGCCCCGUCGGAUCGAUGUUGGUCGGAUCGAAGGAAUUUAUUAAGCAAGCCCAUCGUCUGCGCAAGGCCCUCGGAGGUGGCAUGAGACAGGUGGGAUUCCUCGCGGCGGCUGCCUUGGUGGCUCUGGAUGAGGUUGUACCCAAGCUGGCCCUAGACCAUGAUCGUACGGCGAGGAUCGCGAACGCUAUUCACGCUAUGAACAGUCCGUUAUUUACGGUCGAUUUGAAGAACCUGCACUCCAACAUCUUGAUGGUGCAAAUACUGACGCCCAAAAUAAAGUCGAGCGAUUUUGCUCAACGGUUGAAGGAAGUGCAGGCGGAGGAAAUCAAGGGUGGACUCAUCGAUGGCUCCGGUAAGGGCAUUAGCGUCAAACUGAGUGCACGGGACUGGGCGUUUGCACGGAUUGUCAUUUACACAAACCUGACGGACGAGGAUGUGGACCUGGCCAUUCGGAAGAUAAAAUACGUCAUUGAAGAGUACCAGACAACACUUGUGUAAAUAAAACUUUAUGUCGAAUAAAUGUGACUAUAAAAUAAAAUAAAAAAUAUAAUAUGCAAUCAA